AUGGCUCCCCUAGUCCCAUCGCACGAAGAGCUUGAACGCAGACGUAUGAUCGAUGUCAAUGCAGAAACGGUCACCAACAUCCCCUCCACAGAUUUCCCAGGUCACUGGCCCGGCGAGUCACACGAAUGGUCUGUCGAUAGAUUCCGAGAUGGCUUCCGGGUCGAAUUCCACCAGAACAAGCAGUUCGAGGCUUCCUUUUCCCUGAUCGGCCUUGAUGCCUCGAUCGCGAACGCAUUCCGCCGCAUCGUUAUGGCCGAAGUGCCUACCCUCGCUAUCGAAUGGGUCUACGUUCACAACAACACCUCCGUCAUCCAAGAUGAGGUGCUCGCGCAACGAUUAGGUCUCAUCCCCCUCCAGGGCUCAGUCGAGGGCCUCAACUGGAUGCAAUGGUACAACAAGGGAAGUGAAGACGAGCCCGGCAGCGCAAGCGAACUGGCAGACUACAACACCGUCGUUCUGCGCCUCGAUGUCGAGUGCACGAAGAACCCGAAUGCGGCGCGCGACGAAACAGACCCCCGCAAGCUGUACAAGAACGCUCACAUCUACGCCAAGGACAUCGUCUUCCACCCCGUUGGUCGCCAGGAACAGUUCUUCAGCGACGAAGGCGCCAUUCGGGCGGUUCACCCCGACAUCCUCGUUGCUAAGCUUCGCCCGGGUCAGAAGAUCGAGAUGGAAAUGCACUGUAUCAAGGGCAUUGGAGCAGACCACGCCAAGUUCUCCCCUGUAGCGACCGCGACCUACCGUUUGAUGCCGGACAUCAAGAUUCUGCGUCCUAUUAUCGGAGAAGAUGCGAAGAAAUUCGCCAAGUGCUUCCCUAAGGGAGUCAUCGGUCUUGAGUCGAUUACCGCCGAGGACGAGCGAGAGAACGCCGAGUACCGUGGUCACAGCGGCGAGCUGAAGGCUGUUGUCCGCGACGCCUUCAACGACACAGUUAGCAGGGAGUGUUUGAGGCACGAGGAAUUCCAGGGCAAGGUUAAGCUGGGCCGGUUCCGCGAUCACUUCAUCUUCAACAUCGAAAGCACGGGGCAGUUUGACAGCGACAUCCUGUUCCUGGAAAGUGUCAAGGUCCUGAAGCUGAAAUGUGCCCGGUGGAAGAGGGGCCUGACGGACCUCCUACGAUAG